GGAAGAUGGCGGCGAAGAUCCGGGUGCCGCUGCGGCCCGUGAAGAGUAUCCUGGUCCGCUUCUGCCCCUUCGAGCCCAACGUGGAGAGCACGAGAAUAUUUCUUCAACGAAUAUAUCAUAAAAACAUCUAUGACACCAACAGGAACUGUGAAGUGACUACUGAUGUGAGACAUGAUGGAUCUGAGCCACUUGUAGAUGUUACGUUUGCUGAUGGAGACCGAUUGAUAAUGAAAGGAGCCCACCUGACAGCUGUAGAAAUGUUAACAGCAUUGAGCUCCAGAUGUAAUGCAAAAGAGCUUCAAGCAGAACAGAAGAGCAAGAAGAAGAAUCCCUGAAGAACCAAACACACACGUUCACAUUUACGUGUGUCAAAAGCAGCAGGCUGCAUCAAAGGCUUUUCUCAUAUGUGAUAAAAUCUGAAAGGGAAAGUUGGCCAAGUGCUGACCAG